AUGGAAGUUUGCGUCAACGGCAACGGUUCGACUCCAUCGUUCGAAUGGUCCACCUGUCAACCUGCUCAACCGAGUACCGCGCGUCCGAAGAGGGAUUUUCGAUUCCAGGUGAUCGAAGUCCGCCAACACCCGAAAUGGUUCAUUUGGCCUAGCAGAAAUCGCGGCAAUGAUGAGGAAGUCGAUGAGAACCAUAACAAAACGCAAAACGGUUAUGGUACAAAGCGUCGAAAUGUGUUACGUGGUUCGAAACGCAUGCAGAUGGAGAAAGAUGGAGUGCCUGGUCGCACAGCUUCUGAGCCGGCCAGGCGUUUGUCGACGAAGAAGGACAAAACUACCACCGAACCGCUUGCGUCCGGUGGACUGUCAAAUACCUUCAAGAUUCUCUCGAUUGCCAAGAAAUGGGACAGCUUUGAUGCAACUGAUGAUGAAUCCGAUGACGCCACUAUGUCGUGUGAUGGAGUGAAUAAAAUGGCCAAGGGGGAUUGCAGAUGGACGGCUAAGUAG